UCGCCAUCUCGUGGAAACCCUAGUGAAACCCCCCGCCUUGGCGGGGCCAAGCCGCCGCGAUGCUGCACGAGCUCCUCCUCGCGCUGCUCGGCUUCACCGGCGACUUCGUCCUCGACGCCUCCCCCGCGCGCCGCCGCGCCGCGACACAGGAUGCCGCGGCCGGCGGCGGGGACGGAGACGGCGAGGUGGGCCCCGCCUUCCGCCUCGCGCCGGACCUCACCUUCCUCCAGCCCUCCGAGAGGAGUGCUAUUGAAAGGCUCAUAUCCCUGGGAUUUUACUAUAAAGAACUGAACCGCUUUGCAACUGAGUCUCGUGAUCUGAGCUGGGUCCAGUCUUCUGUAGAGGUUUCAUCACCUCAUGCUGAUAAAACUCAGAAGGGAAAAGUGAGAAAAGGGAGUGUGUAUAGGAGGGCAAUUGCCAAUGGUAUUACGGAGAUUCUGUCAGUCUACAGAUCAGCUGUCCUACAGGUUGAGCAAAACCUGUUGUCAGAUCCAUUGCCUAUCCUCGCGACGGUAACUCACGGUCUGAAUAAGUUUGAGGUUCUUCUCCCUCCACUUUAUGAGCUUGUUAUGGAAAUAGAGCAGAAAGAUAUCAGGGGUGGACAACUACUUAACCUUUUGCAUAAACGAUGCCAUUGUGGGGUUCCAGAACUGCAAAGCUGCAUUCAGAGGCUACUUUGGCAUGGACACCAGGUCAUGUUCAACCAGCUGACAUCCUGGAUGGUUUAUGGGAUUCUUCAAGAUCAGUACAGUGAAUUUUUCAUUAGAAGACAAGAUGACAGGGAUGGGGAGAAUGACUCAUCUCAGCGAGAUUUUCCUGAUAAGUUUAUGCAGAAAUUAGCUAAAGACACAUCCCUGGCUAGUUGGCAUACAGGAUUUCAUGUAUCAUUGGACAUGUUGCCUGAGUAUAUCCACAUGCGAGUUGCAGAGUCCAUUCUCUUCGCUGGCAAAGCAAUAAGGGUUCUUCGAAAUCCGAGUCCUGGUGCUACAUUGCAGGAACAUGUUAACCAAGGCCAGAACCCUAAAGGAUCUCAUAGAAUGCAAAGCUUUACCGGAGGUUCUGGUGCUCCAAAAGACCUGCCAAAUUUCUCUAACAUCAGCACAGAAGAACUGUUGCCACUAGCUGAAGCUGAUAAAAUUGAUGCUAUGCUCAAGGAGCUAAAGCAUUCUUCUGAGUUCCACAAACGGCUUUUUGAGUCUGCUGUCGGGUCAAUACGUACAAUUGCUGCUAAUCAUCUCUGGCAGCUAGUGGUGGUACGUGCUGAUCUGAAUGGUCAUUUGAAGGCAUUGAAAGAUUAUUUUCUUUUAGCAAAAGGUGACUUUUUCCAGUGUUUUCUAGAGGAAAGCCGCCAAUUAAUGCGUCUACCACCACGUCAAUCUACAGCUGAAGCAGAUCUCAUGAUCCCAUUUCAGUUGGCUGCACUGAAGACUAUAGGUGACGAAGACAAGUAUUUCACCAGAGUCUCAUUAAGGAUGUUAUCGUAUGGUAUGAAAAGUAGUACAUCACAGAAAGAUCUCCAAAAGUCUAAUGCUUCGGAGCUUUCUUCGCAAGGAAAAGCUGCAUCAGAAUUGGCACUUGAUGGAUGGGAUAGUAUUGCUCUGGAAUAUUCUGUUGACUGGCCACUGCAGCUCUUCUUCACUCCUGAUGUUCUGUCAAAGUAUCGCAAGGUUUUCCAGUACCUCAUCCGAUUGAAGAGGACACAAAUGGAGCUGGAGAAAUCCUGGGCAGCAGUAAUGCAUAAAGAUCAUGCUGAUUUUUCUGAUUAUUGCAAGGAUCGGAAAAAUGGAUCUGCAACACAACUGCGUCGGCAACGCUCUAAGCCUUUGUGGCGAGUAAGGGAGCACAUGGCUUUCUUGAUCAGAAACCUACAGUUUUACAUCCAGGUUGAUGUAAUAGAGUCCCAGUGGAAUGUUUUACAAUCUCACGUGCAAGAUUCACAUGAUUUCACAGAGCUAGUGAGCUUUCAUCAAGAGUACUUGUCAGCACUGGUUUCACAAUCAUUCUUGGAUAUUGGAUCCGUCUCUAGAAUACUCGACAGCAUAAUGAAGCUAUGCUUGCAGUUUUGCUGGAGUAUUGAGCAAUAUGAAACCCGCCCAAACAUAUCUGAGAUUGAUCACAUAACUGAGGAAUUCAACAAGAAAUCAAAUUCGCUGUACACUAUCUUGAGGAGCAGCCGCCUCGCGGGUAGCCAAAGAGCACCUUUCCUGAGGCAAUUCCUGAUGAGACUUAAUUUCAACUCAUUCUUCGAGACCACUGCUAGGGGAGUGAUGAACUCUGGCAGGCUGCGCCCAAGCACCGCAGGCGCCCAGCUGUAACGAUGACUAUCGACGUGCGACUUCAUCCCUUGAGGUUCACACAGAGAUGCUGGCACGGUGCUACUGCUGGCUGGCAUGGCGCCCGUGUGAAGCAUGAGAGGAGUUUGUAGUUUGUGUAGAUCACGAUAGCGUGCAGGUUCUGUCCUGGAAAGUGGAGUAUAGGCGGAUUUAUGCUUGUCGUGCUGUUGUGUUGUGCGCGUCUUGCCUUGUGUAUAUUUUCCAUGUUUUCGUUUGAUGAUGCUAUCCGGUUCUUGGGGCCUUAAUUGUCUGGCUGCAACCCGCAGGCUUGUUCACAGUACAUUUUUCAUCUGGAGUGCCGACAAACUGAAACACAAGUACAAAUUCUCUC